CUUUUCCGUUCAUCCUAUUUGUAUCUAUCUUCCUCCUUUUAAACCCGGCUUUCAUAUUUUAUCAGAAGAUAGUAAAGCCGAUCGCAGAAGAGUUAUUGUACUAUUUUGUAAUGUCUCCAGCAACUUCCUCUCGGUGGUGUCCAACGCCGGAACAGCUGAUGAUUUUAGAGGAAUUGUAUAGAAGUGGGAUUCGAACUCCAAAUGCUUCUCAAAUUCAACAGAUCACUGCCCACCUCUCCUUUUACGGCAAGAUUGAAGGCAAGAAUGUGUUCUAUUGGUUUCAGAAUCAUAAAGCAAGGGAGAGACAGAAGCUUAGAAGGAAGCUUGGUAAGCAACUCCAACAGCAACACCAACUGUAUCAUCAUCAUCACCUGCCACUCCAUAAUCAACCAAAUCAACACCUUCUUCACAACUUUGACUCUCCUGCUUCUUCACCUCUUCAACCAUUUUCCUGCUUCGGGCCAGUCAGAUUCCUUCCCCAGGGAGGAAAGUCUGAAAAUGCACCCCAACAGAUGAUGAACCACACGUGGAAGAUGAAUAUAGGAGAAAGUAGACUUGAGAUGGGGAAGUCGUUGAUGGGAAUGUACGGUCGUGAUUGGAUAAUGAUGAUGGAUACGGCUGCGGCUCCGCCACCUUCCCCAUCAUGCUGCUCUAGAGCACCUCUCAAAACCCUUGAGCUCUUCCCAAUUACAGCCACCAAUCUUAAAGAAGAGUGUAACUCAAACUCCUCAUCAAACAGGCAUCUCUCGUGCAACACCGCCAUUAAUAACUAAACCUAAAUGCUGGCUCAUAUAGCUCUCUUUCUCUCUUUAGGUUAGGCUUUUAAAUCUGUCGUCUGUGACUUUUUUCCUUUGCUCGUCUUGGUUACUGUUAUGUUUAGCUGGACUGGAGACUCAGAAAGAUCUAAUUUGUCUACUGAGUAAACACAUUGGUCUCCUAUUCGCUACAGCUCUUAAUUUGUUUUCUUUAUUUAACAUAUAUAAACUCUCAACUAUUAUGCUUAAAA